AUGGAGAACCUGAGAAGGGAAGGAAAAUGAAAGGAGGGAAGAGAAAGUUUGAGAGAGGGAAGGAGGGAGGGAGGGAGUAUUAAUGGCAAAGUAUAUGGUGGCAGAUGCACACAUUGAAGGAGUGCAAUAAAAGGGUUGGGCUGUUGAAUGAGUUGGGGUAGGUUUGAGUUUUUAUAAAUGCCUCUUCUGAUCUCCGUUGAAAAAACCAAAAAGGAAGAGCUUUGAAAACUCUCUCUCUCUCUCUCUCUCUCUCUCUCUCUCUCUAUUCUCUUUCGUUUGGGUCUGGGGGGUGCAACUCUAAAGCAGCAAAUUGCACCCAAGAGCACAAGUGAUUGAACUCAACACAGACGUACUAAAUAUUGAAUCAGAUCCUGCAGCAGAGAGGCAAUGAUGGUCUCCGUUGGUUUAGCUGCAUAUCUUCAUUUAAUCUCAGCCCCCACCUUUCCUUCUCACCAUUAACUCUCUUUUCUCUCUCUCUCACACACACACACACACACACAAACACAAAGGGUGUUGGGUUGGGGUCAUUUUCUUGGUAUAUGUCCUUUUAAUGGGUCUGUCUGUGUGCGUGGAGUUAGUCGAAACAAAGUUGAAAUUGGGUUUCUGCAGCAACCUCGUUUUGCUAGUAAUGGCGGGAUAGUCCUUGGGUUUCCUUUUCCCUUCGUUGUCUCUCUCGCUCUCAGUGUUGUUUUCUUCCUCUUGGCACUGAAUGAGAUACACAAGGAUAAUGGGGGGUGCUUUUCAAAGAAGGAAGACACAUCUCCUUCCUCCACCUUCCCCUCCUCCUCAUCUUUUUCUUUAUCUUCUCGUGGUCCUCUAUCUUUCCAUCUUCCUCGAGACGUCUUCCGCUCUAAAUUACACUGACUACAGACAAGUUAGUAGCUUGAGAUUAAAGAGGAUCCAGAGGCACUUGGACAAGAUCAACAAGCCACCUGUUAUGACCAUUGAGAGCCCAGAUGGAGACAUCAUAGACUGCAUCCACAAAAGAAGACAGCCAGCUUUGGAUCACCCCCUCCUAAAGAAUCACAAGAUCCAGAAAGCGCCGCCAGAAAUGCCCAAGAGGAGAUCCACCGUGGGCAAACGGGAUGGUGACGACGAUGCCGCCGCGGCCGCCGCUCCGGCCCCGAGCAACAGCGCCGAUGCUGCGAAGGGCGCGUGGCAAGCGUGGCACCGGAACGGCACCUGGUGCCCGAGGGGCACGGUCCCAGUGCGGCGGAGCACGGCGCACGACGUGCGGAGGGCUAAGUCCUUGUACGACUUCGGCAAGAAGCGGCACCCGCCGGGCCUCGCCCAACUACCGGACGCCCCGGACGUAGUCAGUGGGAACGGCCACGAGCAUGCGAUCGCGUACACGGGAUCGACGCAGGAGGUCUACGGGGCGAAGGCGACGAUAAACGUGUGGGACCCGUCGAUCGAGGAGGUCAACGAGUUCAGCCUCUCCCAGAUCUGGAUCCUCUCGGGAUCCUUCGACGGCACUGAUCUCAACAGCAUCGAGGCCGGAUGGCAGGUCAGUCCGGAGCUCUACGGUGACAGCCGGCCCAGAUUAUUCACGUAUUGGACGAGCGACUCGUAUCAAGCGACGGGAUGCUACAAUCUGCUGUGCGCGGGGUUCGUGCAGACAAAUAGCAGGAUCGCGAUCGGGGCGGCGAUCUCGCCGAUCUCGUCCUUCUCCGGCAGCCAAUUCGACAUCACCAUCCUCAUUUGGAAGGAUCCGAAGCUGGGGAACUGGUGGAUGAGCUUCGGGGACACCACGCUGGUGGGGUACUGGCCGGCGGAGCUGUUCACGCACCUGGCGGACCACGCGACGAUGGUGGAGUGGGGCGGGGAGGUGGUGAAUUCCCGGCCCAACGGCGGGCACACCACCACACAAAUGGGUUCAGGCCGGUUCGCCGAGGAGGGGUUUGGCAAGGCUGGGUACUUCCGCAACCUCCAGGUGGUCGACGCCGACAACAGCCUCAGCUCCGCCCAGGGCAUCUCCACCCUGGCUGAGAACACCAACUGCUACGACAUCAAGAGCUCCUACAGCAACGAGUGGGGCACCUACUUCUACUUCGGCGGGCCUGGGAAGAACCCGCAAUGCCCAUGACCCGACUCGACCUGACCCGAAAAAUAUUUUGUGAUCCAUCAUCGGGGUUUAGAUCGAAAUUUUUCAUCACGGGUCAGAUUAAUUAGUAGUAAAAUCGAAAUCAAUUAGUCUCUCCCAGCUUCCUUGUCUAACAUAAUUCUUUGAUUAUGUAAUUAAUUAAGCGAAUUCCACGCUAUUCUCCACUAAAAUCCCAAGCCCCUCUUAUGAAUUUUCUAUCUCA